AUGGCCUUUGCAGUCUGCUUGGCCAAGCUCCAAGCAGAGGCCAGAUGUUCCAUCUGCCUGGAUUACCUGAGGGACCCAAUGACCAUUGAGUGCGGGCACAACUUCUGUCACUCCUGUAUCCACCAGCGCUGGGAAGACCUACAGGACAUCUUUCCCUGUCCCAUCUGCCUUCACCACUGCUCUGACAGGAACUUCAAGAGGAACAUCCAAUUAUGUCACAUGACUGAUAUUAUUAAGCAGCUUCCCACCCCAAGGAGCAAGAGGAAAAGGCAAGAAGAGAAACCUCUGUGUAAGAAGCACAAUGAAGUGCUGGCUCUUUUCUGUGAGAAGGACCUCGAGCUCCUGUGUCCCCAGUGCGGGGUCUCCUCCGACCACGAGGCUCACCACCUGAUACCCAUUGAGGAAGCUGCAGCUAGUCAGAGGAGCAAGCUCAAAAGCUUCAUUGAGCCCCUGAGGGAGCAGGCUGAAGAUGCUGAGAUGGGAUAUGAAAAAGAAGCUUCAAAAACUUUUGAAGUGAGGAGGGAGAUGGAAAAUUGGAAAAGAGAAUUACACUAUGAGUGCAAAGAACUCAAGUAUUCCUUGGAAACAGGGCAAGGUACAAUUAAUGCCUGCCUAUUUAUGGAAGAGAAGGAUUUUGAAGAAAAACUAACUGAAAAUAGGAGACAAAUUUCAAACCAUAUGUCCAUGCUAAACAAUCUCUUAAGUGAAAUAGCAGAGAAGUAUUUGCAGACAGACCUAGAGUUACUCACAAAUAUUGAAAAUAUCCACAACAGGUAUGCACACAUAGAGACCCCAGCAGUCUUUUCAUAUGAAUUAAAGAAAGAGAGUUGCACUCUCCCCCCACAUUAUUUUGGCCUGCAUAAAAUGAUCAGCACAUUUCAGGUAGAUUUGACACUAGAUCCAGAAACUGCCCAUGCAUGUCUCAUUGUCUCAAGAGAUAGAAAACGUGUGAUGUUUAGUACAAUGACACGAAACUAUCUUCAUAAUCCCCAGGCAUUUAGUUCUUACCCAGGAGUCUUGAGUUAUGAGGGAUUUGAUGCUGGUAGGCAUUUUUGGCACGUAGAAAUAAGAGGCACAGGUGAGUGGUCCUUAGGCGUCUGUAAAGAAUCUUUCCUCAGAAAUCGUCUAAUGUCACCAUCCCUAAGCAAUGGCUGCUGGCAAGACCAGUUUUUCACUACUAUAUGCGGUACAUGCCUGACAGGACAAGUCAUGAAGAUUGGCGUUUUUCUGGACUAUGAGUUGGGAGAGAUUUCAUUUUAUAAUUUGAAUAACAGGUCAUAUUUGUAUAGAUUCACUGAUACAUUUACAGAAAAACUAAUGCCUUAUUUCUCUAUUGGACCAUCUUCAAAAUCUCUUACAAUCUGUAUCCUCAAAGACAAAUGA